AACUUUCCUUAAUAAGGGAAAUAUUAAGAAAACGAUCUUUUCCAGGAAUUUAAGUAAAGGAAUACAAUAGAAUGGUGGCAGCAAACAAGUCAACCUUAAACAAGAAGUCUAGUGGGGGGUCAUCUUCUAAGAAGACACCUAAUCAUCCAUUAUUUGAGAAGACACCAAAGAACUUUAGACUAGGUGGAGAUAUUCGUCCAAAGAGUGACUUAACUAGAUAUGUACAUUAUCCACGCUAUAUAUUACUCCAACGUCAGAAGAGUACGAUCUUAAGACGUUUGAAAGUUCCUCCAGCUUUAAAUCAAUUUACUUGCACAUUGGACAAAAACCAAGCAUCUCAACUUUUACGUCUUAUGGGUAAAUAUAAACCAGAAACUCGCCUUGAAAAGAAAGCUAGGUUACAAAGUGAAGCUCAAAAGUUAGCUGCAGGUGAGGUAUUAGAAAGUAAGAAACCAAUAUUUCUGAAAUAUGGUGUUAAUCACGUUACAGACUUAAUAGAGAUGAAGAAAGCAAAGUUGGUUGUUAUUGCAUCUGAUGUUGAUCCCAUUGAAAUUGUUUGUUUCUUACCGGCAUUGUGCAGGAAAAAAGAUGUUGCAUUUUGCAUAUUAGGAGGUAAGGCAAGAUUGGGUAAGCUAGUUGGUAAGAAGACAGCUGCUGUCAUAGCAAUGGAAGCAGUAAGAAAGGAGGAUCAGGCUGAAUUUGAUAUGCUGUGCAGGAAUUUUAUGGCUCAAUACAAUGACAACUUAGAGUUAAGGAGGAAAUGGGGAGGUGGAAUUAUGGGAGUUAAGGCACAGCAUGUAAUUAGACGUAAAGAGAAGAUUCUUGCAAUGGAACAAGCCAAGAAAGUGGGGCUCGUUGCAUAGAAAUAUAAUUUUUAAUUUAGAUUUGCAUCUUGAUAUAGAUUAGAUAGAUAGCUGAGAUGAUGAGGGUCAAACCCUGUUAAAAUAGAAAAUUAAGGUCACCUUGAUUACUUACUACUGUAAUUGUAUGGAUAGAGAUUAUCUUAAGAUUUUAGUUUAUUU